UCGAUUUCCUGAUCAACUUCAAUUCAUCAGAAAUUAGGUCUAUUAGUUUCCCCAAUUCAUCGUCUGUUGUUCCAGAGAUCUAAAGCAAUCAAGCUAUGGGAGGCCAUGGAGGUUUGAACAUUCUCCCACAGAAGCGAUGGAACGUGUACAACUUCGACAACCGUGAGAAAGUAAAGCGAGACGAGGAAGCCGCGGCUAAAGAGGAACAGCUCAAGCAGGAACAAUCUCGUAAGCGCGAUUCUGAGUAUCGACUCGAGCAGCUCCGUCAAGCCCGUGGCUUAUCAUCAUCAGCAGCGCCGUCGUCUUCAUCGUCAAGUCACGUCAAAAAAUCGUCGUCAGAACAGAAAUCGCCGGAGGAGAAACCGGGAAAGAAGGAUUCUAACCACAUCAACUUGUUCGAAGGGAUUCGAAUCUUCGAUCCAGUUAAAGCAAAAGAUGAGGAGAAAGACGGAAGGGAUAAGAAGAGAGCGAAGAAAGAGCAACCACCGAGAGUUAUUACUCCGGAGGAUGAGAAGUAUAGGUUAGGGUAUGGAAUUGUUGGUAAAGGAACGAAAUUGCCUUGGUAUUUGGAGAAACCGAAAGAGGAUUCUAGUGAAAAGAGUGACGAAGAUAAUGAUUAUUCAAGGCCUGUGAAAAAGAGUAAUGGGAAAAAGACGGUGGAGGAAUUGCGACAAGAGAGGUUGGAGAGGGAGAGGAAGGAAAAGGGAAGAGAAAGAGCUUUGUUAAUGGAGAAGAAUCGAAAAGAUGGAGGAUUCUCACGACGAAGAUGAGGGCAAAGAACACAAAGAAAGUGGAUCUGUGUACCUAGAAUUGUUUACUGAGAGCUCUCCAGGAAAAAGCAUGGCUGGAUGCAGUUCCAUUCUUGAAUAUGUCUAUUUUCAUUUCACAGGAACAUGUGCGAAAAGUUCCAUGCUCUCAUUGUAUCUACUUUAGUUUGUCAAGUGCAUCGGAGAGUCCAUAUCUUACAGAGAGCAAAUCGUAUGCUCGAGGGAACCGUUCAGUUUGAAGGGCCUGAUUGACCUGGGAGUGGAUUAUGGAAUUCUUGCUUAGCCUGGGUUUAUACUUUCUGAAAAAGAAUAAGUCACAAACCAAUACCCCUGGGAAGCCGAUUCCAAAAAUGUUUCUGAGCAGCAAAAUGUUCUGCUUUCUUCCCUUGUGUACAUGCCAUAGAAGUUAUGAAGUGAAAAGUUGAAUUUCCUUCUUAUAGUAGGUAUUGCUCCUGUAUUGUUAGCUGUAAGUUGCUGAAGAUAUUUGUGCUUUAGAGAAUAAAUUAGGACAGUCAUAGGCUACAGAAGACUCUCAAAGAUAAUCGGCUUUUCGAAAUCUUUAUCCAAAAGAAGUCUUGAAUUUGUUAAUUUGGAUCUUUGAUUUGGCUGGGUUUUGUUUCUUUGC